GCUACCAGGCCACUUCAUAAAGGUAAUCAAAAACGCAUUUGUGUAUGCACACAUAAAUAUAUAUAUAUCACUGUCGAAAAUAGUUGAUUAAAAUAAACGUUACAAAAUACUAAAUCCAUUAUUUCACUAUUUUUUUCUAUUUUCUUCCACGUUAUAAAACACUGGUGCGUCCAAUUGCGAAUCUUGCGACGCCCGGGGUUUUACAUUUUGGUCCUUUCGGAGCCGUCCGACUAACACUAAAUAUAUUCAUAAAGCGCCAUUUUGGGACCGUGUGACCAUUGCAGUACCAGCGAAACCAGAAAUACAGUCCACCACAGAAAUACAGUGCACCUGUGCAUCAAUCAACAAAUACCACUUUCUAUUGAGCUUCCUCACACCAAAGUCACCGACGAAACAAGACAACCAUGACCCGCUUCAGUGCAGUAAAGCGAAACGCCGCAAAGAAUGCCCAUCGCUUCGUCGUGCCGUGCCACUUAUGUGACGCAAAUCACCCAAUUAGGCUAUGCCCGGUUUUUCGCGCGAAAACACCUGAAGAAAGGUUAAGAGAAGCGCUACUUGGUCGAUACUGUGGAAAUUGUUUAGCCACAGAUCACGCAACCGAACGAUGUGCCAGCGAAGGACGAUGCCGUCGAUGCGGUGAGAAGCACCACACUACGCUUCACCUCGGUGAAGCUCGACGACCCGCAGACGAAGCACAAAAGCCUUGGAGCGUCCAAGUCGAAGAAGAAGAGCGCAAUAGCUAUGAGGCGGCGAUCUCGCUAUACGCGUCUGAUUCUGGAACGGAGACCAGGCCUCUCCGUCCAGAUAUUGAAGAGGGCGAGAUUAUAGAGUUCGGAGUGGAGACUCGGCCUCUCCACCUGACUACUACAAGGGUACCGGAAACUAGGUCUUUCCGACCUUUACUCCAACACGAGCGCGAUCAUCAACGACCGCAUAAGCGCCAACGACCGCACAAGCGACAGCGACCACACCAACGACAGCGAACGCAUCAGCGACGCCACCGAGACUGCAGAGCGGAAACUCGGUCUUUUCGCCUGCAGCGAUCUUCGCGCAACCCAUCGCCAUCCGCAUAUGAAGAUAGACUGGCGACUAGGCCUCGCCAGCUAUCACGACCAAGCGCGUUCCGUAAUGGGUUAUCGGCGAAAAACCCCAUUGUAGGGCCAACCUUCCGCCCGAUGGUAGCUAUUCCUCCGACGGCCGUGGUCAAAAUUGAGGCGGGAGGGCGCUUGCAUUUAAUCCGCGCGCUUAUUGACGUAUGCGCUCCAACGACAAUUGUAUCUGCGGAUCUGGCCCGCGAGCUACGGCUCAUGCAAACACGAGUCGGCGAGCAAACGGGCAGUCUCGUAUGUCUCCGAGGGAAAUACGGCCAAAAUAAACGAGUUGCGACCCAUGCCGUGGUUACGCCCCAUUUCCACCGAGUAUCGCCAAGUAGCAGUGUAGAUCCAACGGUCGCAGCAACAUACGCACAUAUCCGUUUAGCGGAUCCCAAAUUUUACGAGUCCGCGCCGAUACGCCUGGUACUCGGCACCGACGUAUACGCCGAUAUUCUGCUACCCGGCAUUCUUCCGAAUACCUUCGGGCCUCUGCUGGCUCAGAGCACCAUCUUUGGAUGGGUGCUUUCCGGAGUCUGCAGAGCAUAAUCUUUUUCCAAAUGAAAUUUUAUUAUAGCUAUAAUUUUGUUUUAAAAAUUUUGUUUA